AUGCAACUCAAGAAAUUAAUCAUACCCUCAGUGCUUGGCUCAGCACUUGUCAGAGCCCAAGAAACAGUUGUCGAUGAGUCAACAACUACAUACACCUCCACGAUUUUGGUUUACACAACAACGUACACUCCGGAGGAGCUAGCCUCAAUGCAAAGCGUUGCGAGUGUGUCAUCAGCAUCCGAACAAUCAGCUGUAAGUGCUUCUUCUGUCUCAGCUGCUAGUAUCUCGUCAGCUUCAGUUGCCAGUGUCUCUUCGGUCUCAGUUGCUAGCGCUUCGUCAGCCUCGGCUGCUAAUGCCGCUUCAAUUUCAGCUGCUAGCGUUUCAUCAGUUUCAGCCGCAAGUGCUUCAAGCAUUGCUUCCGCAUCCGCCGCCUCGGUUGCGUCGUCUGCGUCCGCCGCCAGCGUUGCCUCUGUCUCAUCUGUCUCAGCAGCCAGUGAAGCUAGCGUUGCUUCGGUUGCCUCUGUUUCAUCGGUGAGCGCGGCAAAUGCCUCUAGUAUUGCCUCUGUCAAGGCUGCGUCAUCCGCUUCUGUUGCUUCAAUUUCAUCACUGGCAUCAGUAAGCUCCGUUUCUGCAGCAUCUGCAGCGUCCCUGGAGUCAAUCGUAUCUGCUUCAAAAGCAUCUGUUGCUUCAGUUUCUUCUGCUUCAGUUGCGUCUGUAUCUGCAGCUUCCAGGGCCUCCAUCGAAAGCUCGUUGUCCGUGGCAGCCGUUUACAACAAGACACAUGUUACUUCUCUCGCUGGUGCAACUGGUUUAUUAGCGAUUGCGUCUUCGAAUUCAUCCUUAACAAGCACCUCCUCGAGCGUAACCACAGGAAUUACCACUUCUCUGACUUCAUCGAUUUCGUCUUCAUCGCCCGAUGCUUCCAGUUCCGUGUCAUCCAGCAAAAGCAAAGACGCUGGAAUUUCUUUAGGAGUGAAUGGAGUUCUCCUUGGUGCUGCUGGUGGUAUAGUUUUAGGGUUAUUGUGA